AUGGAGUACCUACAAAGGGAGUUUGCCCAGAUGAUGAAGAAUAAAAAAUUCAAAUUCCAUCCCAGAUGCCAAAAGCUUGGAGUGGUGCAUGUUUGUUUUGCUGACGACCUUCUCAUGUUUUGCAGGGCUGACUUACAAUCCCUUAGAUUGCUUAGACAAACUUUCCAAAAGUUUUCUGAAGCAUCAGGUUUGCAAGCAAAUGCAGAGAAGAGUGCAACUUAUUUAGCAGGUGUCUCAGCAAACCAAAAGCAGGAUAUACUACAAGAAUUGGAGUUCCCUGAAAGUACACUCCCAUUUAAAUACUUGGGGAGUACCUUUGGCAUCGAAGAAACUUUCAAUCAUACAAUGCUGGCCUCUAGUGGAGAAGAUUACUCAAAGAAUCAAUUGUUGGACAACAAGAGUUUUAUCUUAUGCAGGGCAUGUACAACUGAUCAAGUCAGUUAUAUUUGGCAUAUAGUCAUAGUGGGCACAGACCUUCUUACUACCAAAGAAGGUGAUGAAGAUGGUAGAAGCUAUAUGCAGAUCUUUUUGUGGACUGGUUCAUCAACAAUAUCAAAAAAGGCUUUGGUUUCGUGGGACAAAGUUUGUCUACCACAAGGAGCAGGUGGUUUAAAUGUGUUGAAUUUGGUGGUAUGGAACAGAGCUGCUGUAGCAAAACACUUCUGGGCUGUGGCAAAGAAGAAAGAUUGCUUAUGGAUCAAAUGGAUUCAUACUUUCUACAUAAAACACCACACACUAUAA